CAGGAAGUGACUCGGGCGGCGGAGCCGGCGAGCAGCGCGGCGGGGCCGAUGGCAGUGGAGUGGGGGCGUGAGAGGGCCGCGUACCGUGUCCAGCAUGCUCCGAGGCCACAGCGCCGUGUUCCAGGCCUUGCUGGGGACCCUCUUCACCUGGGGGCUGACGGCAGCCGGGGCGGCUCUCGUGUUCAUAUUCUCUAGCGGGCAGAGGCGGAUCCUGGAUGGAAGUCUUGGCUUCGCUGCGGGGGUCAUGUUGGCAGCCUCCUACUGGUCCCUCCUGGCCCCAGCGGUUGAGAUGGCCACGUCCUCCGGGAACUUCGGGGCCUUUGCCUUCCUCCCCGUGGCCGUGGGCUUCACCCUCGGUGCUGCGUUCGUCUACCUGGCCGACGCCCUGAUGCCUCAGCUGGGCGCAGCGGAAGACCCCCACACGGCCCUGGCCCUGAACUUGGACCCCGCGUGGAUGAAGAAGUCUGAUGCCGAGAGCCCCAGGCUGCUCCUCCCUGCGAGCGAACUGUCCAUCCGGAUCGGGGGCGCUGGGCUCCUUCCAGACAAGAGCGAGAAUGGCGAGGCGUACCAGAGGAAGAGGGCAGCGGCCCCCGACCAGCCCGAGGGCCCCGCCGCCCCCAUGUCUGCUCCAGGGACCUCGGCCCCGCCCAGCGGCAGCAGCUGGAGGAGGAUCACGCUGCUCAUCCUGGCCAUCACCAUCCACAACAUCCCAGAGGGCCUCGCUGUGGGCGUCGGGUUCGGAGCGGUGGAGAAGACGGCGUCAGCCACCUUCGAGAGCGCCAGGAACUUGGCCAUCGGCAUCGGGAUCCAGAACUUCCCAGAGGGUCUGGCGGUCAGCCUCCCCCUGCGAGGGGCUGGCUUCUCCACCUGGAGGGCCUUCUGGUACGGGCAGCUGAGCGGCAUGGUGGAGCCCCUGGCCGGGCUCUUUGGGGCCUUUGCCGUGGUUCUGGCCGAGCCCCUCCUGCCCUACGCUCUGGCCUUCGCUGCUGGCGCCAUGGUCUACGUGGUCAUGGACGACAUCAUCCCCGAGGCGCAGAUCAGUGGGAACGGGAAGCUGGCGUCCUGGGCCUCCAUCCUGGGGUUUGUGGUGAUGAUGUCACUGGACGUGGGCCUGGGCUAGCGCCGAGCUGCCUGCGAGCCCAGGAAAGGCUGCGCGAGGACACGGACACGGACACGCCUGGCUUCCGCGGGACCACGGACUGCUCCUUCCCGUCAGAACCUGUUUGCUUUCUCUCCUUCUCAUCUCCUUACCCCGACUGAUUCUGAUCAGACGACGAUUUGUCCUUUUCUCCCGAGGGGGAGGCUGGUGUUAUUUUUGGAAUUCCCAGGGGUCAGUGGGACCACGGACUCCCGGUUGGCCUCUGAGUGGGACUGCAGCUCAGGGAAGUCUCUGCUCUCGGACCUCCAGUCGCUCUCACCAGACUCCAGGGCAGGUCCCCGAAGUCACCUGCGGAAGCAAGCUACCCCCGGAGAAGGCUCUGAGCCUGUGCGCCUGGCGACGCGGAGCAGAGCGGCCGGGACACCUCUCCUCUGUCCCUCCCGAUCUGGGCCUGGAGCAUCGCGGACAGAGCCACCUCCUCCUCUCCAAGGCCCAGCGGCCCCGGGAGGAACAUACCUUCCCCGGCCUCCCUGAGGGAGACCCUGAAUGGGCUGGGGGCACAGACAGAGGGGAGAAGAUCAGCUAGUCUCUCUCUCUCUCUCUCCCUCUCUGCAAGGAUUGACUUUUUGAAAUUGAAGGAAUCGGGGAAUUGCAACAGCUGUGAACACACAGUGAGCCCUGUGAAAAGAAGAGGCUGUAGCUUUGGUCGGAGACCUGUGUUCCGAGUGCACAGUAGUUGCCAUGGUUUCCAGGUCCCCAUGACAUUCAUGUUGAUCAGUUUAGAGCCUGCAUUUUUCUAAGAGAUUCGGGACACCCGCCAACCGCUAGAACUCCAGCCCUUCGUUGACGCGUGGACGGAGCCACUUGCGCUCAUUUAGGUGCAGGGAAGGCCUGUGGCCUCUGCGGUGAGUCCCUUUCUGCGGGCCAUUCGGUCACUUGGAACCUGACCCAGAACUCCUAAGCCCGGCAGGCUUUGCUGGAGUUCGGCCCGAGCGCUUAGAAUGAGAAAGGAAGGACAGGGGAAGAAGAGAGUUUUUUUUUUUUUUUACAUUUCCCUUUUAAAAGGAAGUUGCAGCUAGUCAUUGCUCUGACAUGACCCUAACCAGUGACUUGAACUAGACUAGAAGCCAAUCUGUUCCUCCAUACGCGUAGCUUCUCCAACAGGGGUGAGCACGCGGCUGCCUCAGAUGCAGCGAGGGGCCGCCGUCCCCAUGGGUCACAGGAGCCCACAGGACCCUGGGGGCCCCCCCCGGGGACACGGCAGGUGUUGUCCUCGCCUGCCCUGCCCUCUGCGUUUACAUGUCCGAUUGCUUCCGAGGGUGAAGGAAUGCCCAGAGCCCAGCCUCCCCGGGGCCGAUCGAUGUAUGUUUUCCCGAAGCCCUGAUGGUCAAAACUGAAGACACGUCCAGGGGUCUGCGGGGCGAGAGGAUGUGCUCUGGUGGCUGGGGUGUGUGUGUUUUCGUGUCUCUGUAUGUAGUUUUCUACACGAUGCUUCUUUCUGAUGGACAAGACCUCAUAACUGUGAUUCAUGCCAAUAAAGGGGAUACUGUUGUGGACGA